GUUUAAAUGACCACCCCGGUUGAAAUGUUUGUUAUAAAAGAGGUGAUCAAAUGUCAUUUGUCAUAAGUUACACUCAUCCGUACAUAAAAUCCAACGUGAAGGAAGUGCAAAAUUGAUCGUCUCCAUGAACAUUUCAAUUUGAGCUAAAAAAAUACUGCAAUCCUUUGAGCUUUGAGCGCGCUCCAUUUCGGUUUCUUUCUUCCGGGAAUCUCAGCCGCCGAUGGCCGAAAGCCAAAUUCCGGCGGCAAGCGGAGGAAUCGAUGAUCAGUCCCUCAAACUCGCCAUAGCCGGUUCUCUUCUACACUCCAAAGCCAUUCAGAAUCAGCACCAGCAACAUUCUCCAACCGUCUCCAGUCCUCCUUCCCAUUCCAAUGCUCUCCGAUGGAAGCGAAAGGCUAAGGAGAGGAAGCAAGAACUUAUUAGGCUUAGAGAAAAUCUGAAGCAAGCUGAAGAUGCUUCGCAUGAUGAUUUUCUUUCCCAAAACUCCACUUGCAAGUGCUUUUUCUUCGAUAAUUUGGGAAAAUUGAACCCUACGCGCCCCGAAGAUGGUACUGAUAACAGGUUUAAUGACGUUUUACGCCGGAGAUUUCUCAGACAAGUGCGCUAUAGGGAACGGAGGAGAAAAUCAGACAAUGCAGUUCAUCGGAAACGACUUUUAGACUUCAAUGAAGAUGAUGAAGUUGAACGUCUCCAAGCUUCAGUUGAUUUUCUUGUAGAGCUUUACGACACUUAUUCUCCAGUAGGGGAAGUCAACUUUAAAAAUUGGGCUCAUCAAGCGGCUGAUUUCAUUCUAGCUUCAUUGAAGGAUCUUCUACCAAAAGGAAGGUACGUGGAACUUAUCGAAGGAAUUAUUAGCAGCUUGAUUAUGCGUUUAAUCAGAAAGAUGCAUUCUCCUGUGAAAGAUGAAUUAGAAGACUCUGCCUCCGAUGUCCAAUUCUAUGCGCAGCAUUUAAUCCGGGAGCUUGGACGUGAGACGUACAUCGGGCAACGUGCAAUAGUUUCUGUGUCUCAAAGAAUUUCUGCAGUGGGAGAGAGCUUGCUCUUCAUGGAUCCAUUCGAUGACAAUUUUCCCAGCUUACAUGAAUACUUGUUCAUAAUGAUUCAACUUAUUGAGUUUCUGAUAUCAGACUACUUAAAGAUGUGGUCAAAGGAUCGAAACUUCGACAGCUUGCUCUUUGAAGAGGGGAUGAUAUCCAUUGUACAUGCAAAGAAAGCUUUAGAACUCUUGGAAAGCAGAAAUGGGCUCUACAUACUAUACAUGGACCGUGUCACCGGUGACUUGGCUAAUCAAAUAAGCAAUAUUCCGAGACUCCGGGAGAUCAAGCCAGACAUUGUAGACGACCUAAUGCAUUGAUUUAAAAGCUAUCUAAUCCAGGUUUUUAGUGCUGUUCUCCUAUAAUUUUCUUUGAGUCCGAGCAUACACAAUGAAAAAUCAAGUGAAAUUAUCUUAUUAUUGAACAUUGACUGCUGAAAAAUCUGGGGAUAAAAACAUCAAAAUAAUACUCCAACUUUCACCUAUUAAUUCAUUCAUUCCCUGGACUAAGAACAUUGCCAGUGCUAGAUAGAAUUUCACCCAAUCCCCACCUCUACAAGAUCUUAUUCUUAAUUGCGCUGGGAGGUAGCUACCAUGGGAAAUAAGGACCAUGGUGAAAAAUAAAGACCUUACAGAGACCGAGUUCAAACUAUCGUGACUACUUGAUAUUUAGAAUUAUUUUCCUGAAUUUUUUUUUUUUUGCAAUAAAUAUGGUAGACACAAACCUGGGAGAUUAGGAACUAAACGUGAAGUUUAACUUGCAAUAGAAUUUUAAGGAGAUGGAAGGUUUGAGUGUGGCCCAUCCCAUAAAUAGAAAAUUUCCAUCAUACCUCCUGAACUACUAUCCAGCCUCCCUGGUAGGUAUAAGGUGUAAAACUUAAAAUGCAUCUAAACUAGAGCUUUUUAAAUCAUAGAUAUUUGGACUAGUGAUAUUGAUGGAGAG